AUGCUUCCAGCCUCACCUCCAAGGAUGACAGGGAAUACAGGUCAGUUGCAACCUCAACAGCAACAACAGAAUACACAGAUACAGAUACAACAAGGACAGGGACAAGGACAAGGACAACAGGGACAGCAACAGGGACAGGAGUUGGAGACAGGUGUAUUAUAUUGUUGGGGCGAGAAGUACACGAAUAGACCAUCAUUCAACAGUUUGAUACCAAAUAUAGUUGGACUACAAUCUGGCUUCUCGCAUACGAUCGCUCUGAAUGCAGAGGGCGAAGUGUAUACAUGGGGCGAUAACAGGAGUUCACAACUAGGUGUCACGAGCGAGGCCAUCAGUCUGGCCAACCGUUGCGCGGAUGGCGCAUCGACAAAGCUGCGCAGUCUGUCACAGGAGAAGAACGGCGCCGUUUCAAGCUCACCAUUCACGCACUCUCCCGUGCCCGUGCCAAUCUCACCCAGCGUCUUCAACGGCCAGCGCGUCAAGAUGAUCGCCGCCGGAGGCUGCUACACUGCCGUCGUUCUCGAGAACGGACUGCUGUACACAUGGGGCACACUGGACGAUACACAUGCCAAUGGAAAGGCGCUUGUCACGCCAACUAAAGUUGAUCUGCUCAAGGGCGUCAGCUGCGUCGCGCUAGGACUCAAUCACGUGGCCGUCAUUGCUGAGACGGGCACACCGGAGCGUCGCGCGAUCUACACUUGGGGCUCCAACCGCAAGGGUCAGCUCGGUGUGCUUGGCGACUCAAUCACCAACGCGCCCAGGAAGGUCACACUCAGCGGCGCAAGGGCCAUCGCCGUGUCUUGUGGUGACGAGUUCACAGUGGCCAUCGUCGAAGGCAAUGAAGUCUUUGUCUGGGGCAACAACCGUGCCAAGCAGAUCGCCAGCAACACCACCGAUGAGAUCAUAUCGAUUCCCAUGAAACCAUUCAUUGGCCGCGACAUUGUCGAAGUCUCAUCAUCGCGUAACUACAUUGCCGCGCGCACUGGCGCCGGAAACAUCUGCCUCUGGGGCAACAAUGAGCAUAUCUGUCGCGCUGGCGAGGUCGACAAGAUCAUGAUCACUCUGCCAAACCGUGUCAAGCAGGUGUCGGCUGGAAUUACACACGUCCUGGCGCUCACCGAUAAGGGCGAGGUCUAUGUCAUGGGUGCUGCCGAGGACGGACAGCUGGGCACGGUCGAGGACAAGAAGCCAGUCACACAGUUUAAAAAGAUCGCGGCGAUGCUAGAAGGCCGCAAUGUACACUUUGUCCACGCUUGGGCGCGCAGCAGUUCCGCCAUCCUCGAGCCGGGCAACUUCAAGGUAGAGAUUGGCGAGACGAUGCGACGUCCCGAGAACGUCGACGCACCCGCUCCCUACUUUUUGCGAAGACUCAUUCAUUAUAUCCGCGGCGACAAUGCAAAGAAGGAGGGCGUCUUCCGUCUGUCUGGCUCCAAGUACAGGGUCGACGAGCUGGAGGGCCUGCUCGACAGUAGCAAGUACUUCUCAAUGUCCAACUACGAGGUGUUUGACGCAGCCGACAACAUCAAGCGAUACUUCAAGGGCCUACCCGAGCCCAUCUUCACAAACUCUCUGUGCGCCAAGUACGAAAAGACAUUGUCCAACACUGACGACAUCGACGAGCGUCGCGCACUGGUCAAGGAGUGGAUAGCACAGCUGCCUCGCGAGAACAGAGUGCUGCUCAUCUAUCUGCUCUCGUUCCUGGACGAGGUUGUCGACACGCAACUCAAGAGUCUGACGACCACGGCCAUGUCAGCCAAGAACUUGGCGCUGGUCUUUGCGCCAAACCUCCUGACCAAGGGCGAGAUUGGAAAUGACGACGUCAUCGAGCUGAUGAUCAACAUGUACAACGACAUCAUUGUCGACUACCCCGAGAUGGAGGGCGCCAUCAUCAUCGAUCAAGCCGUCGACUGCCUCGGCAGAAACUCACGCAAGGUGCCCUACGCCAUUGAUCUCUGGACGCGCACAAUAUCCAAGCGCGAGAAUGCCCGCCUGGCAUUCUUUGAGCCCAAGGUGCUCUCUACGAUUGUCGACAUGCUGGUCGAUGGCACUAUCGAUCUCCGCGGCGGAGGUGGCACGCCCCGUCCGCCCGCAACCCCCAGUACCGGUAUAUACAGUCCACACAACGAUGCCAUGUCUCCGACGCUGCUGUCCUACUCAUCGCCAGUGCACUCGCCCAAGAUGAACCGACUGUCCGCCGUGUCUCCACUGCUCAAGAUGAACGGCAACACAAGCCCUCUGAUUUUUGGCUCAGUGUCCAGCCCGCAACUGGUGUCGCUGCAGACUGGCAAUGGUGGUGGGGCCUCCCAGCUCAACCUCAUGGCCAGCGAUGUCCUCAAGCAUUACGAGCAGGUGCUUUCACUUUUGCUCUCGCCAAUCGUUCCCAUCAAGAGUAUUCUCAAGGUGCUGCCAUCAAUCGUCGAGAUCAAUGUAAAUGAUUUAUUUAUUAAGCUACUUCUGGAACUCAAGUUUGUCAGAUGUAUUACUUCCAAUAUUACCAACAACACAAACGAACUAAUAGCGACAAUCAAGAACAUCAGUACUCCAGCCAACUUUAACGAGCAUAUACUUUCAAUCAAUGCCAGCUUUGAAACUCUUUCCUCCGAUAUUUUGUACAUUGAUCAGAGCUUAAAGCAUUGGACAACAUCAUCACCAAUAGUACAAUUGUACGCGAAUCAGAUAUUGGAGUACUUUAAGUGGUGGCAGAGUAGCCAACAGAAGUUGUUGAGCGAGGCUGAGGAGAAAGUGCUGCGAUGGAAGAAGGACAUGGACAAGGCAGAGACCGAGAAGGCCAAGUACGAGAAACAAUUAGCCCAACUUGAAGCCACAGCAAUCGACUCUGAGGCGGCACGCAUCAAGCGGGAGUUUGACGUGUGGUCCUAUCGCAACCAGAUCGAGGUCGUCUCGGCCAAGAUGGACUACAACGCCUCGCAGAUGCAACGCUUCUCUGCAGAGAAGAGCAACCUGCAGCACAUGGUCGACGCGUUCAAGCAGCACUCGUUGUCUGUCGAGGAGUUUGUCAAUGCCUGCAACAACAGUGUCAAGGCAUACAUUACCUCGCUGGAGGGACAUCGUGCACAUGCGGCCAAAGAGUUCCCUCAACUGUCCAAUCAAUAUUUCGACCUGAUCUUCAAGCAUCACCAAUCGUCAUCCGAUCAAUCCAAGCACAUCCAAGACUCCAUCUCCAAGUUAUCCAUUUACUUCAACACACCAUCACCUCUAAUAUCUCUAGAAUUGGAGACCAAGUACAACUCCAUCAAGAAGUUGGUAUAA